GCCGGGACGCCCCGCCGCGGGGGCUACUGGGAAGUGGACUCCGUCCACCGGCGCCCUCGCGGGCCUCUCCUGGGCGGCUGCGGCGCCCUCGCGUACGUCCGGCGGUGGCGCCGCGGGGCCUCCCGGCCGUGGUAGUUCCCGCCGAAGGCCGCCGCGGCCUGGGGUCCCGAGUACCCCUCCGGAGGGCCGCGGAUCCGGCCGGCAUCUCGGCCCCGGCUCCUCCCCCGUGAGAGCGCCUGGCCGCCCUCGACGCUGCCCCCUCGCUUCUUGCCCUGACUUGGUCGCGACCUCGGCCGCGGGGCUCCUGGCAGCCCGGCUCCCGGUGCGUGGCCGCGCCCUCCCUCCUGACCCACGGGGUCUGAACCCAGGGCCGGAGGGCGUGUCUCCCCCAACCGGGGACCCUCCGCCUGUCGUCGUGGCCGAGGAGGGCUGAAGGGACGUAGAGGACGCCGCCUGGUCUGCAGUCCGCGAGUGUGUCCGCCGCAUGAAGGUAUCAGCGCGAAAACGCGUGACCCGCGUGGAGCGUCCACCCAUUCAAGCGACGCGCGGUUCCGGUCUUCUCAUCGCCUGGAAAGAUUUGCCCAAAGAGGACUCAUGUCUCCUCGGUUCUGUUGAAGCAGGUAACCUGUGUUCCAAAACCUGAGCGCUUUCUGAGCCCCGGCUCUCGUGGAAAGACUAAAAGCACCGCAGGAAGUAGCAGCUGCUCUCUUAGGCUCUUUCGAGGUUUACGGGUGUUUCUGUCUGAGACUCGGUAUUGCGCCCAAGCCCAGAGAACCCCUGGCGGAUGUUAACGUCAUCAACCGUUCGUAACGUGGUCGGCGUUUUAUACCUGGUGGCACCAAGAGGAAGAGGAAUCCCAAAGGCGGACUGUACCUUCGGAACUUGGGGAGGAUCCCUCGUUUCCCGAGAAGUGAAUGAGAUUCUUAGGGGGUAAAGGUUUCGGUAGUACGGAGGCACCCCUCCAAAUGGUUGCGGCACACCCGCAGCACCCCCGGAAAGCCACAGGUACCUCUCGGAAGCCAGAGCGCUCAGGACAUCUCUGUCCACCAGAGUCCUUCCUCGCGUCCUCAUGUGGCCCUUCCCUGACCUUCUGGGAGCUUUGCAAAGAAAAGGGUCUUGUUUGCGCGCACACAGGGGUGACAUCUCGGGGGCAGGUGUUCAGGACAGAAACCUAAUUGACAAGACCAGGAUUCAGCUAAAGUACAACCUUUAAAGUACUCUCCAAAUUCGCAGUUUACCCAGCUUCGAAUAAAAUUUCCAUUCCGGUUGUUGCUGAAUUUCUUACAAGUUCAUUAUGUUUUACAAAUUUUUCUUAAGAGAAAAACCAGCAUACUGCUAACAUUAACCCCUAGGGAUGUAAGAAAGAGGCUGAAAGCUGAGCUGGUGGCAAAGGAGACCUGUGGCACCGGGCGUUUCUACAUGAUCACCAGCAGUUGAGAAGCAUCCUGACUUCCAUGUGGGGGGCUCAGAACCGCACACAGAGUGUUAACCUUAGUAACUCUUGGACUUUUAGCUGGAGAACGUAAACCCUAGGAUUUGAGAGCAUAACGUAACUUCCAGUCUAGCUGCCUUGUGGUAGUUAUUUUACUAUUGAUGACUGUAAAGCUAGUUGGCAAAAUUCCCUACUUGCUCCAAGUACCGUGUCCUUGACUCCCCCUCCCUUUUGCUUUCAUUCUCAUCUGGCUAUUGAGGAAAUGGAACCAGCUGGAGCCCUUCCUGUGGCCUGGGGCGUCUCUCAGAAGAGCAGGUCCACAGAAAACCUAGAUUCUCCCGUUGCUCUGGUCUUUGCCCACUCAGAAGUCCCCGUAACAGCUCAGACACAGCUCAGCCCCCCAUAACGGGGGCAUCCAAGAUGGUUCUUCCGCCCAGACUUUGCUACCUCAUAGCACACAGAGAAGAGGGUACCAUCCAGCAAGCUGGGGUAACUGAAGUAGGAAGAAGAGGGUCUGAGUAAGAGCAAAGCGGUAUCCUCACUCUGAGUGAACAGCUCCGCAUUGAGAGGCCGCCUCUACUCCCUGCCUUGUUCUGGAUAUUUCAUGCUGGACUAGUGUGUCCACAACCUGACCGGCGACCACCCACCUUGAUUACCGCAUUGGUUCAUAGGUCCCUCUGGUCCUUCCCUCACCCUCCUCAGUAUUCUCCACCGAGAAGCCAGACUGAUCCUGCGAUGAGGCCGGAGCCCACUACCGCUUUUCUCAGAUGCCGUGGCUCACCCGUCACUUGCAGCCAGAGCCAUGCUUGUGCCCGCGACAGGCCGCUCAUUCGCUCUGACCCCGGUGCUGUUCCUCCAACCGGACAGUCGAAACCAAGGUGGACAAAUGAGCAGGCCUGGCGCCUAAGGAGCACGGAGGAGGGGCCGGGAGGCCGGGAAGCUCUGGGCAAGCCUCCGCCCAAGGGUGGGAAGGCGGCUUCGGCCUAGCGGAGUCAAAUUCGACUUGGUAACAAGUAGCAUGGCUUCCUAUGUGAAGGGAGGCUCAAAAUUAGGCGCCUCAUCUGAAAAAGGUUCUCAUCACAGCCACGUCCUUACACUCUUGUAACUAUUAAAUGAAAAGGAGAGCGUUUGGUCCUCAACCGCGUUCCCACUUAAAAAGUGCGGCAACACCGAGCCCCCAUUUCACGGACGGCCAAGCUGAGGCUCGCCGGGCCGCGAUUUGCCCAGGUCCCCCCACGUCCGGGCAGCGGCGGCGGGGGAGCGCGGUCCGCGGCAGGGGCACCACCGCUCGCCUCGCCACAGCCGGGAGAAAGCCCUCGGUGGAGCAGCUCCGGGAACUUGCGGUGGUGGCGCUUCCGGUGCAGCCGGAAGCGCGCCGCAGAAACUACCACUCCCAGCAGCCCGCGCGGCGCGUCCCGGUCGACGCCGGGGGAGUAGCCGCCAUUGUCCGCGGCGGAGGUGAGUCUGUGCCCCCGGCGUUGAGGGUUCCCCUGCCACCGCCGCCGGCCGGGAAGGUCGGGAGAACAGGCAGGGAGAGGCGGUGCCUCGAGUCGCGGUGGGCGCUGAGCCAGGGCGAGUCCCUCGGCUCACCUCCGGGCCUCCCUGGACCAACUGGGCGGACCCGGCUGAGCCCUGCGCGUCGGGCCUUUGUCCCCCCAGCGGAACGUCGGAGCCGAGCAAAAGCCCGGCGCCCCUGGCGCAGCGAGCGGAGCUUCCGUUGUUCCGCAGGGACCAGGUGGGUAUUGAAGUUGCUUUCUGUAAUCACCUGCAUCCGUUCUUCCUGGGCAAGCUCCUGGUGUAUUAAUCCUGCAGGAUGGCAGCCAUCAACCCUUGGGCCUCCUGGGCUCUCUGUCCUCAGGACCCUGCCUGGCGCGUGGAGGAGACCCCUGAGGAGAGGAGGAGGGGCCCCGGGCUCCCAUCAGCUCAGGCGCGGGAACUAGUGACCUUCAAGGACGUGGCCGUGGACUUCACCCAGGAGGAGUGGGGGCAGCUGGACCCGGUUCAGAGGACCCUGUACCGUGAUGUGAUGCUGGAGACCUAUGGGCACCUGCUCUCUGUGGGGCAUCAGAUGGCCAAGCCCGAGGUCAUCUCCCUCUUGGAGCAGGGAGAAGAGCCGUGGUCCACAGAGCAGCCGUAUUCUCCUCCAGGCACCUGUCCAGAAUGGAUGAGAAAUCUUGAAAGCAAAGCGUUGAUCCCAACACGAAGCAUUUUUGAGGAGGAACAGUCCCAUAGCGUGAAGUUGGAGCGAUACAUAUGGGAUGAUCCUUGGUUCUCCAGGUUAGAAGUUUUGGGAUGUAAAGACCAAUUAGAAGUGUGUCGCAUGAACCAGAGCACAGCUAUGAGGCAGAUGGUCUUCAUGCAAAAGCAAGUACUGUCUCAAAGAGGCUCUGAGUUCUGUGAACUUGGGACAGGAUGUAGCCAGAGCUUAAACAUUGUUCCGUCUCAGAAAGUCUCUCAGAUAGAACACUUUUAUAAGCCUGAUACAAAUGCUGAAAGUUGGAGAUGUAACUCAGCCAUAAUGUAUGCAGAUAAGCUUACCUGUGAACAUAGUGAGUAUGACAAAGCCUUCUACCAGUCCGUGCAACCUGUUCACCCUGCAAGAGGGCACACUGGAGAUAAUAUUUUCAAGUGUACUGAUGCUGUUACAUCUUUCAAUCAUAUACUGCAUUUUGGUGAUCACAUGGGAAUGCAUACAGGAGAAAAACUCUAUGAAUAUAAGGAAUGCCACCAAAUCUUUAACCAGAGCCCAUCAUUUAGUGAACAUCCCAGACUUCAUAUUGGAGGAAACCAGUAUGACUACAAGGAAUAUGAGAAUAUCUUUUACUUCUCAUCCUUUAUGGAGCAUCAGAAAAUUGGUACUGUAGAGACAGCAUAUAAAUACAAUGAAUGGGAGAAAGUCUUUGGGUACGACUCAUUCCUUACGCAACACACAAGCACUUACACUGCAGAGAAACCUUAUGAAUAUAAUGAAUGUGGGACGUCUUUCAUCUGGAGCUCUUACCUUAUCCAGCAUAAGAAAACUCAUACUGGAGAGAAACCCUAUGAAUGUGAUAAAUGUGGAAAAGUUUUUAGGAAUCGUUCAGCCCUUACUAAACAUGAACGGACUCACACUGGAAUAAAACCCUAUGAAUGUAAUAAAUGUGGGAAAGCCUUUAGCUGGAAUUCUCAUCUUAUUGUACACAAGAGAAUUCAUACGGGAGAGAAACCUUACGUAUGUAAUGAAUGUGGGAAGUCUUUCAACUGGAACUCCCAUCUUAUUGGACAUCAGAGAACUCAUACUGGAGAGAAACCUUUUGAAUGUACUGAAUGUGGGAAAUCUUUCAGCUGGAGCUCCCAUCUUAUUGCCCACAUGAGAAUGCAUACUGGAGAAAAGCCCUUUAAAUGUGAUGAAUGUGAAAAAGCUUUUAGGGAUUACUCAGCCCUUAGUAAACAUGAAAGAACUCACUCUGGAGCAAAACCGUAUAAAUGUACUGAAUGUGGAAAAUCCUUCAGCUGGAGCUCCCACCUUAUUGCCCAUCAGAGAACUCACACAGGAGAAAAGCCCUACAACUGCCAGGAAUGUGGUAAAGCAUUCAGAGAACGUUCAGCCCUCACUAAACAUGAAAUAAUUCAUUCUGGAAUUAAACCCUAUGAGUGUAAUAAAUGUGGAAAGUCCUGCAGCCAAAUGGCUCACCUUGUUAGACAUCAAAGGACUCAUACUGGAGAAAAGCCCUAUGAAUGCAAUAAAUGUGGAAAAUCCUUCAGCCAGAGCUGUCAUCUUGUUGCUCAUCGGAGAAUUCACACUGGUGAGAAACCCUACAAGUGUAACCAAUGCGAACGAUCCUUUAAUUGUAGUUCUCAUCUUAUUGCACACCGGAGAACUCAUACUGGAGAGAAACCAUAUAGAUGUAAUGAAUGUGGGAAAGCGUUUAAUGAGAGUUCUUCCCUUAUUGUGCACCUGAGAAACCAUACUGGAGAAAAACCCUACAAAUGUAAUCAUUGUGAGAAAGCUUUCUGUAAGAAUUCUUCUCUUAUUAUUCAUCAGAGAAUGCAUAGUGGAGAGAAACGCUUUAUAUGCAACGACUGCGGAAAAGCCUUUAGUGGCCACUCAGCGCUACUUCAGCACCGGAGAAGUCAUAGUGAAGAGAAACUCUGUGAAUUGAAUUGAUGAGAGAUUUUUUUUCUUUUAUUGUACCUUUGAUAAACACAUGGGAAAAACCCUAUCAUAUAAUCAAGAGGGGAAAUUUUUAGUGAGAAUUCACUAAGACUUCUCCCCUUAUUAAUCAGUAGAAUUAUCUUCGUAGAAGAAACCUGUGAAUGAAAAGAAGAGGCAACAGCCUUCCACCAUUAAUGUAGCCCUUAUUUAAGAUCCAAUAACUACUGUGAAGAGGAUUCCAAACUCCCCUCAUGGUCCACCGGAAAUUCUCUUUGAGGACCAUGAACAUAGGGAAGGAGACGUCUUGUAGGAAGCGACCUCAGCUCUUUGUGGAUCAGAGUGCAUUGUUAAAAGCAAAACUUUAUCCUAGGAAAAGUGUUCCAACUAGAAAUACACUCUUUUGCAUCAAGCUGGAAUAUUGGAUGGACGUUUUACAAUAAUACUUUGUGUGUCAUUAUGAAAACACAUAUUUUGCUAUUAUAAGGGGAGGGUCUGGGUGCCCUUUAAGGAAUAGAAUACAGAAUACUAAACCUGAAUUUAAGAAAAAAAAAAUGGUAUUGAAUGCCGUAUUUACCGUUGAUCCAGAUUAACCUUACAAAAGAUUAGUAAGUGAGAAGACUAAUGAUGGAAAGGCCCUUGCCCGGAAGUGCUGAGACUGAUACCGUUGGACCAAAUGGUGAUAGUUAAGAAGCCAGUGUGUCAGUGUCCAUAGUUUACUCCUUACUGCAUUGUUGGACGAUUAGUUUGUCUGUUUUAGGCAAUGACUAUAAUUAUGGAUACUGCAUAAAUAUACAUAACGUGAAGGCAUAAAAAGGACACAAAAUUGUAUAUACCUAGCUACAGUAACAUCUAAAAAGUGUAUGUGAAUAAGCACUGGAAAGACCCAUGGAUAAAUUAACCCAGUUAAUUUAAGUUUUUUUUUUUGUUUUUUUUUUUAAGUCUUACAAACACAUAUGGCAAUUACCAUGUGCUAGAGUUUGUUUUAAAUGCUUUUAAAAUAUUAACAUGUUCAGUCCCCUUAAAUCUAUGAGAUAGGUACUGUUAUUAUCCCAGUUUUACAAAUUGAGAAACCGAGGCAGAGGUAAUGAGAAAUCUCCCUAAGUAUACACAGCUAGUUAGGAGUAGAGAGAUUGUUUGCUUCCAGAGUUCAUGUUUUUAACCACUAUGUUAUGCUGCCUCUGCAGUGAUUUUUUUUCCUUCAUUUUUAAAAAAUUUGUUCAGUGUUUUUAUAGUAGAUAUUUGGUAAUAAAAGUCAGAUUCAUAAACAAUGAGAA